AACAAGUGCAAGAUUCAGAUUUUGUGGAAAAAGAAAAUAUGGAUUACUACAAUAUAUUGAAGGUUGACAGAUAUGCUACAGAGGAUGAUCUGAAGAAAUCAUAUAGAAAAUUGGCCAUGAAAUGGCACCCUGACAAGAACCCCACCAACAAACAAGAAGCUGAAGCCAAAUUCAAACAAAUUUCUGAGGCCUACGAGGUAUUAAGUGAUCCCCAGAAAAGGGUAAUUUAUGAUCAGUAUGGAGAGGAAGGGUUGAAAGAUAGGCCACCACCCGGUAAUGAACCAUCAUCAAGUGGGUUUAAUCCCAGAAAUGCAGAGGAUAUUUUUGCAGAAUUCUUUGGAAGUAGCCCUUUUGGUUUUGGAUCAUCUGGGCAAGGGAGGUCCAAGAUGUUCCACACUGAUGGAGCGGCAACAUUUGGUGGAUUUAGUGGAAGUAUGCCAAAGAAGCCACCACCUGUGGAGACCAAAUUGCCUUGCAGUUUGGAGGAAUUAUACUCUGGAUCUACCAGGAAAAUGAAGAUCUCAAGGACUGUCAUGGAUGCCAAUGGACAGGCAAUUCCAGAAACAGAAAUAUUAACCAUUGAUGUGAAGCCUGGUUGGAAGAAAGGGACAAAGAUUACUUUCCCAGAUAAAGGGAAUCAGCAACCAAAUCAACUACCAGCAGAUCUUGUGUUUGUGAUUGAUGAGAAGCCUAAUGAUUUUUACAAGAGAGAUAGCAAUGACCUCAUUGUGAGUAAAAGGGUGUCACUAGCUGAGGCCAUUGGAGGAACUUCAAUAAAUCUCACAACACUUGAUGGACGUAGUUUAACUAUUCCAGUGAAUGACAUUGUGAGCCCCGGUUAUGAACUAGUUGUUGCAAAUGAAGGCAUGCCAAUAACAAAGGAACCUGGUCAUAGGGGUGAUUUGAGGAUCAAAUUUGAUGUUAAGUUCCCUACAAGAUUGACCCCAGAGCAACGAGCAGGACUCAAGAGAGCAUUGGGAAGUUGA